AUGCCGACUGACGAACCCAUACGAGCCCCAGUCUCAGAGGAGACCCCGCUGCUUCGUGAUGCUGACCCCGCCCACGAGGGCGAAACAACCGAGCAGGAACCAGUCACUGAGGAGCGAUCAAGCAAGGAGCUAAUCUUGAUACUUGGAAGCAUCUGGUUGGGUGUUUUCCUUGCUGCACUUGAUACUACCAUAGUCGCGACAUUGUCAGCGCCUAUAUCCUCCUCGUUCAACUCGUUUUCGCUCCUCUCAUGGCUAGCUACAUCCUACCUGAUCUCGAAUGCCGCCUGUCAACCUCUCAGCGGCCGAUUGACCGAUAUAUACUCGCGUCGCUGGGGCCUGGUCUUUUCCAAUGUUUUCUUCGCUCUUGGCAAUUUGAUCUGUGGUCUGGCACAAACGCAAUGGGCGAUCAUUUUGGGUCGCGUCGUCGCGGGUGUUGGAGGAGGUGGUCUCACAGCUAUAUCCACUUUUGUCACCUCGGAUCUAGUUCCGCUGCGCAAAAGAGGUGUCUGGCAAGGCAUCGGUAACAUUUGUUACGGAGCCGGCAUGGGCCUUGGUGGAGUAUUCGGUGGGUGGAUCAAUGAUACGUUGGGAUGGCGGUGGGCCUUCUUAAUUCAGAUCCCCUUCUUGGUGGUCUCCUGUAUCUUGGUGAUCUUCACAGUGAAUAUCCCUGUGAAAGAUACAGACAAGUCGCGCAUCAAGCGUGUUGACUUCCUCGGAGCCAUCACCUUGGUACUUACGUUGGUUACACUGCUGCUGGGUCUGAAUACCGGCGGAAACCAAGUGCCAUGGACUCACCCAAUUGUCCUGGUCUCGUUGCCGGUGUCGGCAGUCUUCUUGGGCAUCUUCAUCUAUGUGGAGGCCUACGUCGCGACCGAGCCGGUGAUCCCAGUGAGACUCCUUCUGGACCGGACGGUGGCAUCAGCUUGCCUGACCAACUGGUUCACGACGAUGGCAGUUUUUGGACUACUCUUUUAUCUCCCGGUCUACUUCCAGGUUCAGGGCCUCUCGGCCACCGCGGCUGGAGUUCGCCUGAUCCCGCAAGCCAUUGGCACAUCAAUUGGGUCGCUUGGUAGUGGCUUCGUAAUGCGAGGCACAGGACGCUACAAGAUCCUCAAUUAUGCUGUCAUGACCUUGCAGGUACUCUCAGCGGCCUUGAUCUGUACCCUGAACUUAAAUACGCCUGUGUGGCUGCCGUUUGUGUACUUCUUCAUCGGCGGUGUCGCUUAUGGAAGUAUGCUGACCAUCACCUUGGUGGCACUGAUUUCAGCCGUGGAUCACGAACACCAUGCCGUCGUGACAUCGGCCUCAUACGCGUUCCGCAGCACUGGAAGUACCAUUGGUAUCACAGUUGCCUCGGCCGUGUUCCAGAACACCCUGAAAACUGGACUGUGGUCCCGAUUUGGCGAUCGCAAGCAUGCGGCAGAGAUGAUCUCCCGGCUCCGUGAUAGCUUGGAUGAGAUCCGUAAGCUGCCUACGGACUGGAUCCCAGGCGUUUUGGACGCGUAUAUGGACUCCUUGCGGGCGGUAUUUGUGACGCUGCUUGGGUUGACAAUCUUGGGAGCGGCAGUUAGUAUUGCGAUGCGAGAGCACAAGCUGCACAAUAACCUGUCUCGUCGGUGA